GCGGCGAACGUCGUGGCGUCGAGUUGUGUCGUGUGUGCGUGCGCGUGUCGGUGCGCACGUUGACCAGCGGCAGCGAAGCAAGCGAAGCAAGCGAAGCACACCCACACCGCGCGCUCGCUCUCUCUCUCUCUCUCUCUGUCUGUCUCUCUCUCUCUCUCUCUCUCCGUCUGUCUCGCACAGGCGCUCGAACGGCAUCACACUCGCGGAGCAGCUCGCGACCGCCUCAGUUCGACCGUCCGGUUCGGCAAAGCAACAACAAACGAGCGACGACGACCUGUGUGCACAGUGUGUCAGCCGCGGCCGCCUCGAGCUUUUGUGCUUCGCCCGUUAUCUCUGUGCUUCGAUACCCGUUCGGCCCGAACGCGCAUUUAUCGGUUGUGUGCUCCGACCACCUGUGACCUGCCAGCCGCCUCGCUCGCUCCCGAUCGCCGGUCGACGCAAUGCCGCGGACGCAUUGGUGAUAGCCGCCGAUUGUGCCCCCUUCCCUUCCCCAGUGACUUGUGUGCAUUAGCCGUAGACUAGGCUGCGCCAGUAGAGUAACCCAGUGCAGUAACGGGUAGCGGGCCGCUGUUCUGCUGUCGAGCACAAAGGCCAACGCAUGUUGGGUAGCGCGGUGAUCGGCAGGCAGCAGCAGCAGCAGAGGAGACGCAGCAGCAGCACCGCGAGUCGGCGGCCGGCUUGACGAAUAGCGAAAACGUCGACGUCGGACGCCUGCUUAUCACAGCGAGACAGCGACGACACCCUCCAGUCGGCUGAUAUGUUAUUGGAGAUGGAGCAGCACUCGGGCCUUAUAUCCCUGAACAUGUCGCCGUUCCAGCUCAGUCCCCAGAACAGUCCGCAGGCUGCCGGCAGCCAGACGCAGCAGCAGUCGCAGCAGCAGCAGCAACAGCAGCAGCAGCAGCAAUCACACGCGUACAGUCCGUCGCCGUACGCCAACUGCGCGCCCUCCCCCGCCUCGAACAUGUGCCACCCCCAGCAGUCCAUGUCGCAGGGCUCGCAGGCUGCGCAGCAGCAGGCCCAGGUGUCGGGCUUCGAGGCGGCCUUCUACGAGAUGGAGGACCGCUGCCCCAUGUGCGGCGACAAGAUGUCCGGCUACCAGUACGGCCUGCUGUCCUGCGAGUCCUGCAAGGGCUUCUACAGGCGCAACAACUCGCCGUCGUGCAGCACCAAGAAGGUCUACACCUGCCUGUUCUCGCCGACAGGUGGCGGCGGCAACGGCGCCGGCUCCGCCCCCAGCAAUAACAACAACAACAGCAGCAGCAACAACAAUAACAGCAGCGCCGGCCACGCCGGCCAGGCGCAGAGCCAGCUGGACGGCUCGGGCUACCCCGGCAACUCGGCGCCCUCGCCCGCGCUGGGCGCGGGCGCCGGCGGCGGGCAGCAGGCUGCCGCCGGCGGCGCCGCGUCCAACGGGCCCGGCGCGCUCUGCCACCCCGGCGGCGCGCCCGGUGCCGGCCUGGGGGCCCAGGUGAACGUGGGCGUGGUCACCGGUUCGAUACCCGGCCCUUCCGACUUCCCCGACACCAAGGACGUGAUCGAGGAGCUUUGCCCGGUCUGCGGCGACAAGGUCAGCGGCUACCACUACGGCCUGCUCACCUGCGAGUCCUGCAAGGGCUUCUUCAAGCGGACAGUGCAAAACAAGAAGGUCUACACGUGCGUCGCCGAGCGCUCCUGCCACAUCGACAAGACCCAGCGGAAGAGGUGCCCCUUCUGCCGGUUCCAGAAGUGCCUCGAGGUUGGCAUGAAGCUCGAAGCGGUUCGAGCGGACAGGAUGCGCGGCGGCAGGAACAAAUUUGGACCGAUGUACAAGCGCGACAGGGCGCGGAAGCUGCAAAUGAUGAGGCAGCGGCAGUUGGCUCUCCAGACGAUCCGUGGCACGCUCGGCGACCCGACUAGCUAUCCCAACACAGUCGCGCCCUUCCUUCACAUCAAGCAAGAGAUUCAGAUACCUCAAGUCUCGUCGCUGACCUCGUCGCCCGACUCCUCGCCAUCGCCCGCGGCCGUAGCUGCUGGACUGGUGACCACUCAGGCCGGCGGCGUCUCCGGGAGUGGGCAGCAGCACAUGAUCGCGCCAUCGACGCAGGCGUCGCUGUCCUCGGCGACGAGCAACAGCGGCGGCCACAUGCAGGGCGCGGCGGGCUCCAACCCGCUGGACAACAAGCUCUGGCCGGCCAACUCGACGACGCCCAGUCCCAAGGGCUUCGGCGCCUUCGAGCACCACGGGCCCGGCGUCGGGUCCGCGCCCCACCUCGGGCACCUGCACCAGGCCGGGCUCUCGGCCCAUCACGGCGCCAGCGCCCAGGCCGGCCUCGGUGCGCCCAGCGCGCCCAACCAGCAGCAAGCCAAUAGUGCCAACCUCGCGUCCAUCAAAACUAGUCCCAUGAUCCGAGACUUCAUACAGUCGGUCGACGAUCGCGAGUGGCAAGCCUCGCUGUUCGGCCUCCUGCAGAACCAGACCUACAACCAGUGCGAGGUGGACCUUUUCGAGCUCAUGUGCAAGGUCCUCGACCAGAACCUCUUCUCGCAAGUCGACUGGGCGAGGAAUUCCGUCUUCUUCAAAGAUCUCAAGGUUGACGACCAGAUGAAACUGCUUCAACACUCGUGGUCGGACAUGCUAGUGCUGGAUCACCUACAUCAGAGGUUACACAAUAACCUGCCCGAUGAAACGACGCUACACAACGGCCAAAAGUUUGAUCUCCUCUGCCUCGGCCUACUUGGGGUACCGUCCCUCGCCGAUCUCUUCAACAGCCUCUCGCAGAAGCUGCAAGAUCUCAAAUUUGACCUAUCCGACUACAUCUGUAUGAAAUUCCUGAUGCUUCUCAAUCACGAUGUUCGUGGUUUGGUUAAUAAGAAGCACGUUCAGGAAGGUCACGAGCAGGUCCAGCAAGCUCUUUUGGACUACACGUUGACGUGUUAUCCAUCGAUACCGGACAAGUUCAACAAGUUGCUAGCAGUAUUACCAGACAUUCACGUGGUGGCGAGUAGGGGCGAGGACCAUCUUUACCAGAAGCAUUGCAGCGGUGGCGCGCCCACGCAAACGCUCCUCAUGGAGAUGCUGCACGCCAAAAGGAAAUGAAGAAAGACGCGAGCAACAAAUGAUCAGGUGGCUGUUAAAGCUACCGCUGAACGCGAUUACUGCGAUAAAGCUGCCGCCGCCACCGCCGCCGCUGCCGCUGCCGCCGCCGCCGCCGCCACUGCUGCUGCUGCUGCUGCUGCUGCUGCUGC